AUGCACUUGGCCAAGUUCUUCUCUCACCGCAUGGAGUCUACAAGGAGCUCACUUGUGAGUUUUUGGCUCAAUGAGGUAUCACCAUUUGAUGAGCUCGAUCGAGCUGAGUUGGACCAAGGCUGGGGGAUCAACGUUCUUGGCAAGGGAGAGAAGAAGAUGGUGACCUUUAGGCAGCUUGAGAUACUGUUUGGGUUCACUAUGGAGAAGGAAACCUGUGGAACAUCAAGGAAGAUGAACUCCAAAGACUGGAGUCAACUGACAAGAGUCUGGUGGACAAGAGAAGGUCUACUCCAGCAGGUUGGAUGGACAUCAAGUUUUGCAAGACCAACCUCCUCAUUGAGCACAAGGAGUUGGAUGGGAGGUUCCAAUUCAAGUUCACACAUCCAUUGGCUGGACCCUUCCAAGCUUCUCCUGCCCAACCCUGAGCUCACCACAGGUCUAGGAGGUGAGAACAUUGACUUCAGACCCCCUGUGUACACAUUAGUUGGGCAUGAAGAUUUGCGAGAAGAGGAGCCUGAGCUCGAUCGAGCUGAGGAUCGAGCUGAGUCAAGCUGA